GCUUGUUCAUAUUAAUGAUAACAUCUUUGUGAGCUGUGGGCAUAUUCAUGUUCAUCAUCCUCAUCCUUAUCAUCCUCAUCAUGUUACAGUGUCUUCGAAGUAAUCUGUAUCGUCGAGGGGAUGUCGCGAUUUUCCUCGGCGCAUGAAUGAGACCAGUUUGGGGAACAGCCUGACAAGACAGCGAGCACUUCCUCAAAACACGAAGACACGUUGAAACCUGACGAACUUUAGUCCGUUUCCACUUUUAUUGUCCCACCUUUGAAACUUCGGCUGGGAUAAUAUUUAACGGGACGCCAUCUGUGCAGCGUAACUUUAGUUUCCUCCGGUCGUCAAACGGUCUGACACAUCCUGGAUUUACGCCUCAUCUAGGACCAGAAACAAUGGUUUCUGUUGCCAAAGUGCUCCUCGGAGUCUUUGGUGUGGUUGUGGUUGUAAUUUUAAUAGCGGUUCCAACUGCUAUUUAUCUACAAGAGGACAAGGGUGGAAAUAAAAACCUAAGGUCCUUCAGCCUGGAUGAUGUCUUCAACAGUUCACUGAAGCCUAAGUCUUACAACAUGAGGUGGAUCUCAGAUCACGAGUAUCUCCACAAGUCUCAGGGCUCCGUCUUCCUUUACGAUGUGCUUAAUAAUAAUCAGUCAGAGUUCUUAAGCAAAAACACGUUUGAUAGAGUAAAUGCUUAUGAUUACCAACUGUCUGCCGACCGCAAGUAUGUUGCAUUCAUGAGCAAUCACUCCAAGCUUUGGAGACAUUCAUUCACUGCUUCAUAUUCAAUAUAUGACAUGAAAGAAAACACGUUUUUGGCAACCCCUGACCUUCCUCAUCACAUCCAAUACUUUGCUUGGGCUCCUGAAGGAAACAAAUUAGCUUAUGUUUGGAACAAUGACGUGUAUGUAAAGACCAGCCCCAAGACGCCAGCAGAGAGGGUCACCGUCAGUGGAGAGGAGAAUUUGAUUUUCAAUGGUAUCCCAGACUGGGUCUAUGAGGAGGAGAUGUUCUCAUCUGCUCAGGGCUUUUGGUGGUCACCUGGAGGGAAGUAUGUGGCUUUUGCUCACUUCAACGACAGUGAAGUCCCGAAUAUUGAGUACACCUGGUUCGGCCAUGACCAGUACCCACGUACUAUCUCCAUCAGAUAUCCAAAGGCAGGUGCAAACAACCCUACAGUGAAACUCUUCGUUGUGGACACUGAUAAUGUAACAGACAUUACUGAGGUUUUUGUACCAGCCUCAUUCAGCUCAAGUGAACAUUACUUGGCCACAGUUACAUGGGUGACAGAUGACCGAUUGGCCGUCCAGUGGCUGAAAAGAGUACAAACCCACCUCAUCCUCCAGAUUUACGACUUCACUGGGUCCAGCUGGGAUCCUUCAGAGAACCUGGAGGUGAAAAGUACCACAGGCUGGAUUGGACGGUUUUCACCACCAGAACCAGUGUUUGCCCCAGACAAGAGAAGCUACUACCUGCUGAUGAGUCACAACAAGUAUAAACACAUCCAUCAUGUAGUCGGGGGAAAAACCACUCCAAUCACCUCUGGAGACUGGGAAGUAAUCAGCAUCCUGAAAGUAACUGAAGAUAAAAUAUACUAUUCAAGCAACCAAGAGGGAAAUAAGCCGGGAGGAAGGAACGUGUACCUGCAGAUAAAAGACGAGGAGUCGACGUGUCUAACGUGUGCCAUAAAUAGAGAGCGGUGUCAGUAUAUCUCAGCCUAUUUCAGCCACAAUGCUUCCUACUACCGUAUGAGCUGCAGCGGUCCUGGAAUUCCGUACCACUCUCUUAUGGAUAACAAAAAUGGGGAGGUGAAGGUUCUGGAGGGCAAUGAUGAAUUUUCCAGCCUAAUAUCUGACAUAGGCAUGCCCACCAUGCGCCGUGGCAGCAUUGAAAUAGAUGGCUUUGAUCUCUGGUAUCAGAUGUUUUUGCCUCCUGGCUUCCAAGAAUCAAAGAAGUAUCCCUUACUGAUAGAUGUAUACGCUGGUCCCUGCAGUCAGAAAGUAGACUUUGCAUACAGGGUGGGCUGGUCCACUUACUUGGCCAGCACUGAAAAAGUUAUCGUUGCCAGCUUUGAUGGAAGAGGAAGUGGUUACCAAGGUGACGAGAUAAUGCAUAAAAUCUACAAACGACUGGGGACCUAUGAGGUGGAAGAUCAGAUAACGGCGGCAAGGAAUUUUAUCAACAUGGGCUUCAUUGACAAAGACAGAGUGGCUAUCUGGGGAUGGUCCUAUGGAGGUUAUGUAACAUCAAUGGCUUUGGGAGCUGGCAGUGGAGUUUUUAAGUGUGGAAUGGCAGUUGCUCCCGUCUCCAAGUGGAAAUAUUACGAUUCAAUCUACACCGAACGUUACAUGAAUCCACCAGCGCUGAAUGAGGGUUUCUACGCUAACUCGACAGUGACUGAGAGAGCGAAAAAUUUCCACUCAGUGCAGUAUCUGCUGGUUCAUGGAACAGCUGACGACAACGUUCACUUCCAGCAGGCGGCAGAGAUCUCUGAAGCUCUGGUCAACGAGCAGGUGGACUUUGAGGCGAUGUGGUACACAGAUAAGGACCACGGCCUCGGGGGAUCGGCCUAUCAGCACGUCUACACACAUAUGAGUCAUUUCCUGCAGAGGUGCUUCGCAUGAGUUUCACAUGUUUGAAAAGACUGUGAAGAAAAACCCCAGAGUCCUGUCAUAAAACCUUGUGGUGGUAUAUGAAGGUUUGACUGGUCGUUUACCAGAAACCAAAGAAGUCAUACUUGUAUAGAAGUACUGUUCACAUUGUCUGGAAAUCAUGACCGAUCAUUUGUUGAAAAUUUACUUGUGUUUUUCCUUAUGGAGAAAGUAAAGACAUUAAACUGCCUGGUGUUGUUUAAAUUAUUAUUAAAUCAAAUAAUUUUAUACUAUUUUAUUAUAUGGAAGAUGUGGUUAACUGAUGUGAUUGUUUUCUAUGAUAAUAAAGAUCUAUGACAGGA